AUCAGAUGUUUCCUCAUGGCAGCAACGAAACGGUUGUGCAUGGGUUUCUCCUCGAAUUGGAAAGAUAAUAAUGCUAAGAAUUCAGGAUCUAACAAUUCCAAAAAUGGACAGUUGUGUAAAGUGGAGAGCCUUCUUGACAUUUGUGCUAAAAUUGUGGCUGAAAACAUACCGUUUCAAACGGUAGAACAGAGAUUUGACCGAAUUCCAGAGCCUGUUCAAAGUCGAAUUGUGUUUUGGUCAUUUCCGCGUAACGAACGAGAUAUUUGUAUGUACUCAUCGUUUGCUGUUUGUUCGAAAGAUGGUUUAGAUAACCAGAAACUUCCCUUUCACUUGGGAGUAAAGCUUCUUGAAAACGGUGCUGUUGACAAUGUUUUACAAAUUGGUUUUCAUUUAAGUGGUACAGUUACAGAGCCAGCCAAUCCACUGUUCUCAGGAGAAACAGACAAACUAUAUAAAGUUUCUAUCAGCUUUGAUCGGUGUAAAAUAACUUCAGUAAAAUGUGGUUGUGGAAACAAAGACAUAUUUUGGUGCCAGCAUGUUGUUGCCUUGUCUUUAUACAGAAUACGCCGUGCAGAGAGUGUAGAGCUUCGUGUGCCAAUAUCAGAAACAUUGUUACAAAUGAGCCGAGAACAACUCCAAAAGUUUGCACAGUAUUUAAUAUCAGAACAUCAUACAGAUGUGCUUCCAACUGCUCAAAAUAUUGCUGACAAAAUUUUAUGUGCUAAAUCGGAAAUCAAUCUUCUUCCAGGUGCUCCUGAUCCUACCGCUGGUGCUUCCAUUGAUGAUGAUAAUAGUUGGCAUCUUGAUGAAGAGCAGGUUCAAGAACAAGUCCGUUCUUAUCUGUCACAAGGAGGUUACCUAAAUGUCUCAAAUCAACUCACCUUUAUGUUUGCCAAGGUACGUGAAAUGUUGAGAGCCAGAGAUUCAAAUGGUGCUAGAAUGUUAACAUUAAUAACAGAACAGUUUUUGGCAGACCCAAGGCUUCAGAUGUGGAAAUCUCAAGGUCAACAAAUGACAGACAAAUGCAGACAACUGUGGGAUGAAUUAGGUGCCUUGUGGGUGUGUGUUGUGCUUAACCCAAGUUGUAUACCUUCUGAUAAAGACUACUGGCAACAGUUACUGGAGCAGUGGUCAAUAUCAUCUGUAUGUCCUUUAGAGGACGCUGACAUCAGACCUACUAACGAUGUGCUCAUGUCAAACAUGGGUAUUACUUCUACCUCAAGACCUUUCUCAAACAGACCAAGAACAAUAUUCCAAAGAGCAAUAGAAGCAAGUAAACUAAAAUGGGAUGACAAACACUUAAAGAGAAUAAUAAAAGCUGACACACUUACUAACAGUGGUUUAUUGGAUAUGGAUAUGGUGGAUUAUCAGGGUCAGCCUAUGUGGAAUGAACACUUUCCAACUGCAUGUGCAAGAGUAGAUGCAUUACGUUCUCAUGGUUACCAAAAAGAAUCUCUGCGAUUAGCUGUCAGUAUUGUCAGAACAUUAAAACAACAACAAAAAAUUUAUCAAGAUAUGUACAGACAUCAAAAUGAAGAUCUACCCAGUACUAGUAAAGGUUGCAGAUCCAAGUUGCCAGUUACAAACAACAUUGAAGGAUGGAUUGGCCAUGCUUUAGAUCCAUUAGGAGUAUUAUCUGAAACAUUAACAGAAGUCUCUAUUUCUCAUGAUACCUCUCAUAGAACUGAUGUUGUAGUUUCUAGUCUUUUAUUUAAUGAUGAUGGGAAUAGUUGCCUUCCUCCACGAUAUCAUCAUGUAGCUAUACCAGGCAGUAAUGAUAGAAUGGAGUCUUAUCUUACCCUAGCUGUUGAAGCGGCCCUUAUAUGUUUAGGACAGCAACGACAAAUGCCAUCAGGGUUGUAUACACAGGAAAAAACUCUUAAGCAAGAAGAAAAAGUGAUUACUAAGUUACAGACUAUAGAGAGGGAUCCAAUGAUAGCUGGUGUAUAUCAACAGCAGGCAAGAUUACUCUUAGAAGGUGGAAGUAGUUCAGCAUUGGGUAUUGGUAUACAUCCAGAGACAUACCCUAUGCAUACCUUUGCUAAAUUUAUGUUCAGCUGUUUACUGCCUGUCGAUGAAGAUUUGGCAUAUCAGAUAGGACUGAGAGCAAUGAGGCUUCCGGUGUUGGAAGAUACAGAUGAAACAGACGAUGGCAUGAAUAACAUUGCUUCUUCUACAUCAUUGACACGCUUUCCACGCUGGUUUAUCUUAGCUCAUGUUGAAGGUCAGCAAUGUGACCUUGGAUGUACAUUGUUAGCUGCUGCUAAAGGUAAUAUAAUGCGUCUGAAAACUGUACUAGAAGUUGCACAAAGACAUAUCCACAGUUCUUCACAGUUGUUCAAGCUAGCACAGGAUGUGUUCAAAAUAGCCACACCACCUGAUUCACAGAAACACAUGCCUCUUUUAAAUGCUGCAUUUGAACUUGGGCUUCAGGUGAUGAAAAUGACAUUAAUGACAAUGAACUGGAGACGACGAGAAAUGGUACGAUGGCUAGUAACAUGUGCAACAGAGGUCGGAGUUCAGGCUCUUGUGUCCAUUAUGCAGAACUGGUUUUCGUUAUUCCAGCCAAUAGAGGCAACUGAAAUGGUUGCUACGACAAUCAUGUCUCAUUCUACUAUGCUUCAACUUCAUCUUAAUUAUCACCAACAAGAAGACCUGGCUAGUCAUGCCAGAAAUCUUGCUUUGCAAUGUGCCAAUAAGGACCCUCAAAAUUGUGCUUUGUGUGCACUCACUUUGUGUGAGAAAAACCCAAUAUCAUUUGAGACAGCUUAUCAAAUAGUGAUUGAUGCUGCCACUCAUAUCAUGAACUCCAGUCAGUUAUUCAGGAUAGCUCGGUACAUGGAGUUACGAGGCUAUCCACACAGAGCAUACAAACUGACUUUACUUGCCAUGAAAAAUCUUCACCUAGCUUAUAAUCAAGACACUCAUCCUGCAAUAAAUGACAUUCACUGGGCCUGUGCACUAAGUCAUUCUCUUGGCAAAAAUGAACUUGCCAGUAUGAUCCCUCUCUUAGUAGAUAGUGUCCAGUGUGCAACAGUAUUGUCUGACAUUUUACGAAGGUGUACAUUAACGGCGCCAGGUUUGGGAACAUCGGACGUGAAAAGGAGGACAAUGAAACUGUUGUCGUAUGACAAAAAUCCCUUAAGACAAUUAAUGGAGGCUACUAUUCGGUCAUACAUCAACACUACACAUUACAAAUUGACUCAUAUUAGCCCGAGACAUUAUGGAGAUUUCAUUGACUUUCUUAGUAAAGCCAGAGAGACAUUUUUGUUAGCUCAGGAUGGGCACAUUGAGUUUGCUCAGUUGAUUGAAAACAUGAAACUUGUUUACAAAGGGAAAAAGAAGUUAAUGUACUUGAUAAAAGAAAGAUUUGGCUUAUAAUAAUAAGUAUACUGAUGAGCGGGACCAAGACAGCGGAAUUAUACCUCGAUUUUCUGUGAUCCGGUGACCACGCCCUAGGCAAUCACCUUAGUAAUGUGCUUUAUGUUAGCCUCAUUUUCAAAAUGUCUUUAAGUGCUAAGUUUUCAUAUAAUGAAUAUUUUUAUAUUUAUUUAUUUAUAAAGAAAUGUGAAUUACUGUCGUCUUGGUACAUUUGUCAUAUUAGGCAGAUUACAAAUUUUUGUCUUGUUCUGCUUAACUUGUCAGGUCGUUAAAGAUAUGUUGUAAUGUUUGCAUAUCUUAAUGUUAUACAAACAAUGCAUUGGGGGACUCAUUUGAAAGGUUUCUUGGUGUUCCUAUAAUGAGGAAUCCCAAUGACUUAUUUUGGCAGAAAGAAAAGCUGAGUUGCAAUUUUUGCUGAUCUAUUAUUGCAAUUUUAUACACAUAAUAAUGUAAGACUAAUGUAUUUAUUCUAUUUAUUAUGAGGCUAGCAUAUUUCACUAUAGUUAACAAAAUAGAUGAUAAAAAAGAUCUUAUUUAUUAUAUGUUUAUAAGCCAUUAGAUGUUGCCAAAAUAUCUUUAUAAAAGAGAAAUAUUUUUUAGAGAUUGGCCAUAAUAUUCAAAAUAUGUGUAUUUGUGUCUGUAUGUGUGUUUUGUGUUGUAUAUUUUUGUUACUGAUUGUGGGAAUUUCUAGAAGUUUUUUUUUAUACUUCUGCAUGUAUCUGUUAUGUUACUUGUUUGGGAAUGAUACUUUGUUAACUUUAUUUCAUUGCAGUGAGCAAAAAGGCAUUAUAAAAAAAAUGGGAUAUAAGUAAGCAAGAUCUUUGAAGGUUAAUGCUAAAUAAACUAUAAUUAGAAGAUUUGUGGUAUUUAUAUAUAUUUUUCUGGGUUCUGAAAAUUAAAAAGUAAAGGGUUUAAAAAAUCACAUAUAGUUUAGUUGAUAUGACUUAAGUAUUAUUGUUAAGAAAUUCCCACAUUAUAUAAUUUGAGAAAUGGUGCUAAGAUAUUUAUAUUGAGUUAUCAGAUAAGUUAUGUUUGUUUUACUUGAUUUUAUGCAUUUAUUUCAGGAAAACAAUUGUUGUCAUGUCUCAGAUUAUUGUCUCCCUAGUUUCUACAUUACCUCACACUUCAUUCAUCCAAUCAUUGUGUAGUUUAGGAUUACCUCUUAUUGUCAGCCAAUCAACAGAUAAUUUAGAAUAUCCAAUCACAAUCAUGUUCACAUCUGAAUUUGUACAUUUUGUCAAUACAGAAUUUUACAGUAUAGCCUCAAUCAUCAAAGAUUCAUACACAUUUUCUCAAUUGUGCAGAGAUUUAAAAAUUUAUAUAAUAAGAUGAAGCAUAGUAAGGGCAUUAAUUAAACCAUUUUAAAAGAUAAAAUAUUAAGGAAUAAUAAACUGUAUCCUACACUUUAGAUCAUUACAAUGUAUUUGUUUAACUACUGGUAAGAUUCUAGACCUAGAAAAUAUCUUACCAUUUAAUAUUAGUUCGUUGUUUUCAAAACAUUUAUUUCAAGAGUUAUCUCCCCUCAUUUUACCGAAUUCAAAGUACAAUGUGCAAGUAAUUAUGUUGUCCACACAGUAUGUUGUUUUUUCAGUUUUGUUUGUAAUUUUUGAAUCUCAUCCCAUUGGUCCAACUUCCAAUCAUUUAAAUACAUUCUUGUUUGCAAAUCAUUGAGUUUGAUACACCCCUUGUUUUUAACACAAAAAUCAAAUAUAAUUGUUUUGAGCUUUAAAGUAAAUAGCAGACAAUUAAAAAAGCUAUGCAUGUCAUCAUUUAUCAAAGAUUGAAAGUAUAAGUUUGCAAGCAAAUUAAAACAAAUAUUGACAUAUGACAGAAUGUGAAGUAAUGAUUGAAAUACAUUACUUUGUCAAAGAGAUUUGAUCUGUAUUAAAAUAGUGUGCCUGGUACAAAACUUCAAUCGACAUGGCAGACAAUUUGGAACUUUGUCAAGUGUAUGAAUUCCUUAUUUUAUUGCAUUUUAGGCAAGGCAUUGAAAAGUACAAAAAUUGAAAAAAAUGUGAAACAACUUACAAUAUUUUAAUUUAAUACACUUACUUUGUUUUAUUUCUACACAAUUAUGUCAAAGUUAAAAAGGAACAUUAUAUAAAAGGGUUCGAUUUGUAGCAUUUUGUUGUUCAGGAAAGAUCAUUCCAUUCGUUCAUUAUAUAUGCAAAAAUAAAGCAAUAACAUAAUUGUGCAAUAAUUUACAUAUCAUAUAGCUGGAAUUAUUACUUAAUGUAAUCUGAUUUAUAGGCUUGUCACACGUCCUCUCACAUCUGUAUAUUUUAUGAUUUCUGUGUUGUUUUAUUUGGAAAGGAUGUUCUUUAUGGCAUUAGUUGAUAUAUUGAAUCUCAUUUAUUUACACAUUGAUACCAACAAUCAAAAUUUGUAUUCAAGAUUUAAGAUCAGCUCGAUCAUGAUUUCUUUAAAAAUUGAUUUAAAAGUUAGGGUCUUGGAUAUUAUUUUAUAUGGUUAAAAUAUUUUGUAGAAUACUAUUUUCCAUUUUCAGUAUCUAAUCUUAUAUUGUGGCAAGUAUAUAAAUUUGAUAUAUAUUAAGUUUUUUUUAAAUUUUAGCGGUAUAUGCAAUUUCAUAUUGGUACAAAGUAGUUAGUAUGACUUUUAAAUCAAACUUCUGGCUGUAAAUAACUUUUGUAGUUAUAUUCAGCCUAGAAAAACAACAUUUCCACAGCAUUUCACAAGAUAGCUUUAAUGAAGCACAGGUAGACAAGAAAAAAAUAUUUCGUGAUUUACCUUUUUUUUUCGUUUUGAUUUUUUUUACUAAAAAAAUAUAAAUAAUCUAAUUGCACCUUUUUGGAUGACUUGCAGCUAUUACUUGAAACUUGAAUCCUAUUAUUUUCAAAUUAGAAGAAAUUUUCAAUAGCUAUUGAGAGUACCAGUUAAAUAUUAAGUAAUCGUUUAAUAUCCUACAGUAGGCCUCAAGUUUGUUGUCUUCAUGUGAUUGGUUAGUGCUUUAUUUAUAGUUUAGACAUCUAGUCUUUGAUCAUGUCCUGUACAUUUUCAGUGGCAAUCAGCCAAUAAACAAAUUGUCUAUGGAAACAUUUCUAUUCAGUAAAAAAUUUAUAGAAA